GACCUCGCGGGACUGGGACUCUGGGUUGUGCAUUCACUAGCAGUAGGCCUUUUGCAGCUGUUCGCGUGAGGGGUGUGAGUGGGGCGCAAGGCGGGCACUUGGUGGCGGUGACGGCAGUGGUCUCGGGAGCUUUCACAAGGAAAUGAAGACCCAAAGAAGUAGCAAAACCAAGUGCUUUUAUGCUAGAUUGAACAAAGAGAGGCCAUUGUGGAAAAGUAACCCAAAAAUAUGGGGCGACUAAAGGAAGAUAAGAAUUAUUUUAACAAGAGAAGACAGUGGUGAACUAAACGCACCGGGUCCCCCUGUUCAUGGCGCUUGCAUUAAAUUAUCGAAUGAAUGAGUGAGUGGUCAGCCAAACAAACAGAAAGUGCUUUGCAGAGAAUUAUCCUAGGCUGAUGUGGUGUAGAAUGGCUAAGAGGCUGCCAUUUAAGCUGAGAUUUUAUUGACAAGCAUGUUUUUGGCCCGGGGGAGACUGUGCACCCUUAGCAGUAGACCUAAAUUCCUGAAGACAAUUUGUGCUUCAAAAAUCCUUGGACACUCUACUUCUGCUAAAAUGUCUUUGAAAUUCAAAAAUGCAAAACGAAUUGAAGGCCUUGAUAGCAAUGUGUGGAUUGAAUUUACCAAGUUGGCUGCAGACCCCUCUGUUGUGAAUCUUGGCCAAGGCCUUCCAGAUAUAUCCCCUCCUGUAUAUGUAAAGGAAGAAUUAUCAAAGAUUGCAGCAAUUGAUAGUCUGAAUCAGUACACACGGGGCUUUGGUCAUCCAUCACUUGUGAAAGCUCUGUCCUGCCUAUAUGAAAAGUUUUAUCAAAAUCAAAUAAAUCCAAAUAAAGAAAUCCUUGUGACAGUAGGAGCAUAUGGAUCUCUUUUUAAUGCCAUUCAGGGAUUAAUCGAUGAGGGAGAUGAAGUCAUAGUGAUAGUGCCUUUCUAUGACUGCUAUGAGCCCAUGGUGAGAAUGGCUGGAGCAAUACCUAUUUUUAUUCCUCUGAGAUCUAAACCUCUUGAUGGGAAAAAAUGGUCUAGUUCUGACUGGACAUUAGAUCCUCAAGAACUGGCAAGCAAAUUUAAUUCCAAAACUAAAGCUAUAAUACUAAAUACUCCACAUAACCCCCUUGGCAAGGUGUAUACCAAAGAGGAACUCCAAGUAAUCGCUGACCUUUGCAUCAAAUAUGACACACUCUGCAUCAGUGAUGAGGUUUAUGAAUGGCUUGUAUAUACUGGAAAUAAGCAUUUUAAAAUAGCCACUUUUCCAGGUAUGUGGGAGAGAACAAUAACAAUAGGAAGUGCUGGAAAGACUUUCAGUGUAACUGGCUGGAAGCUUGGCUGGUCCAUUGGUCCUAAACAUUUGAUAAAACAUUUACAGACAGUUCAACAAAACACCGUUUAUACUUGUGCGACUCCUUUACAGGAAGCUUUGGCCCAAGCUCUUUGGAUUGACAUCAAGCGCAUGGAUGACCCAGAAUGCUACUUUAAUUCUUUGCCAAAAGAGUUAGAAGUAAAAAGAAAUCGGAUGGUACAUUUACUUGAAAGUGUUGGCCUAAAACCCAUAGUUCCUGAUGGGGGAUACUUCAUCAUUGCUGAUGUGUCUUUGCUAGAUACAGACCUUUCUGAUAUGAAGAACAGCAACGAACCUUAUGACUAUAAAUUUGUAAAAUGGAUGACUAAAAAUAAGAAAUUGUCAGCCAUCCCAGUUUCAGCAUUCUGUAAUGCAGAGACCAAAUUACAGUUUGAGAAAUUUGUGCGAUUUUGCUUCAUUAAAAAAGACAGUACACUGGAUGCUGCUGAAGAAAUCAUCAAGGCAUGGAGUAGACAGAAGUUUUGAUACAUGCAGACUGCAUUGUUUCUAUUAAAUGACUUAGUAUGGAAUUAUUUAGUACUGCUACUUGCUGGGUAUUGAAAAAAAAAUGUCAGUACAAAUGAAAUUUAAAGGACUAUUUCCACUGUUAAUCCCACUACUGACAAUAUUCAGGAGAUCUGAUUUUUUUUUUCAGCUGAAAUGUAUUAAAACACCUUUUAGACCGUUUUAUGAGUCAAUAUAGUGCAGUGGUAAGAACUGUGAGAUGCUGGUUGAUGCUUAACGUUUCUGUGCUUCAGUUUCCUCAUAAAAGGGGAAUAAAAAUAGCACCUACUUUA